AUGCCCAUUCCGGUCCUCGUCACCGUCUAUCCUGAGUCGGACAAGGUAUCGCGCGUCGAAGAGCUGGUGAAGUGGGUGACCGAAGAGGUUAGGAAAAACGAACCUGCCGUGUCAGAUUACAGGUCGUACGAAGGUCGUGGCGAUGAGCCAGAACACACUGUUUUCAUGAUCUUCUUCCAUAUCGAAAACGAAGAAGAGUUGCAUAAAAGAAAGUCACUGCCUCACCACCAGCAUAUUGCUAAAGUCACCGACGAGGAGCAGCUCAUGAGGAGGCCUUUGAAAUAUGUCGUGUUGAAUGGUCUUACGCAAUGGUCUCGUUAA